AACAACGGCGAGCACAGACGGACACAGGACAAACCCUUCCCAGAAUAAUUACCAAUAUAAUAAAAAAUAUCGCAGUUACAUCUCCACUCGAUCCUAAUGAAGGAGCUUCGGCCUGACUGACUGGGAGAUGGGAAUACUAAACAUAACAGACCAGACUCCGCUGGUCCAGGCUAUAUUUGGCCGAAAUGCUGAAGAAGUUAAGUUUUUGUUGCACAAGAAUGAAGAAGUCAAUGCACUGGACCAAGAACGCCGUACCCCCUUACAUGCUGCUGCGUGUUUGGGUGAUGUUCACAUUAUGGACCUCCUCAUUAAUUCAGGUGCUAGUAUUAACGCUAAGGACCAAGGCUGGCUGACUCCCCUGCAUCGGGCAGCUGCCUCACGGAACGAAAAGGCUGUUGGGCUGCUGCUUAGGCAGGAUGCGGAGGUCAAUGCGCGGGACAAAUUCUGGCAGACGCCGUUGCAUGUGGCCGCAGCCAACCGGGCCACCAGAUGUGCCGAGGCCCUCAUCCCCAAGUUGAGCAGCCUGAACGUGGCGGACCGCUCCGGCAGGACUGCUUUGCAUCACGCAGCACACAGUGGCCAUGUUGAGAUGGUGAACUUGCUCCUCAACAAAGGGGCCAACUUGAGUGCCAGCGAUAAGAAGGAGAGGCAGCCAAUCCACUGGGCCGCAUAUCUCGGACAUCUGGAGAUCGUAAAGUUACUGGUGUCACGGAGUGCGGAUGCCAUGUGCAGGGACAAGCGUGGUUACACCCCACUUCACGCUGCAGCUGCCAGUGGCCAGAUAGAUGUUGUUAAAUACCUGCUGCGGCUCGGGUCAGAGAUUGAUGAGCCCAACGCAUUUGGUAACACAGCGCUCCACAUGGCAUGCUAUACGGGCCAGGAAGCCGUGGCCAACGAGCUAGUUAACCGCGGCGCCAAUGUCAACCAGCCCAACCACCGCGGCUGCACACCCCUGCACCUGGCCGCUGUCUCCACCAACGGGGCGCUCUGCCUCGAGCUGCUAGUCAACAACGGUGCCGACGUCAACAUGCAGAGUAAAGAAGGGAAGAGCCCUUUGCACAUGGCCGCUAUUCACGGGCGCUUCACCCGCUCCCAGAUCCUUAUCCAAAACGGUGGGGAGAUAGACUGUGUAGAUAAAUAUGGCAAUACUCCUCUUCACGUUGCUGCUAAGCACGGCCACGAGCUGCUGAUCAGCACCCUGAUGACUAACGGGGCUGACACGGCUAGGCAAGGGAUUCAUGGGAUGUUUCCAUUGCAUUUGGCUGUGCUCUACGGGUUUUCAGACUGUUGUCGCAAGUUACUCUCCUCAGGUCAGCUGUACAGCAUUGUAUCAUCUCUGAGCAACGAGCAUGUGCUAUCAGCUGGGUUUGACAUAAACACCCCGGACAGUUUGGGGAGGACCUGCCUGCACGCCGCUGCCUCAGGAGGAAACAUUGAAUGUCUUAACCUGUUGUUAAGCAGUGGUGCUGAUUUGAGUAAAAAGGACAAAUUGGGAAGAGCUCCAUUGCACUACGCUGCGGCGAACGGGAGUUACCAGUGCACCGUUGCCCUGGUCAGUGCUGGUGCCGAAGUGAACGAGCUGGACCAGAAGGGCUGCAGCCCCCUGCACUAUGCUGCCGCCUCGCAGACCUUCCGCCGUGUCGACAGACAUUACUCAGUCGGGCACCAGAGUGAAGAGAGGGCAAAGGAGGCCUUUUUUUGUUUGGAGUAUCUACUGGACAACGGGGCCGACCCAGCUCUGAGGAACAUCAAGGGUUACAGUGCAGUCCACUAUGCGGCAGCCCAUGGAAACAAGCAGAACCUGGAGCUGCUCCUGGAGAUGUCGUUCAACUGUCUGGGAGAUGUGGAGAGCAGUGUUCCAGUGAGCCCUUUGCACUUAGCCGCGUAUAACGGUCACUGUGGGGCGUUGGCGGUACUGUCUGAGACACUGGUGAGUCUGGACAUUCGGGACGCAGCGGGCCGCACUGCCCUCUACCUGGCGGCCCAGAGGGGUCAUUCUCAGUGCGUGGAGGUACUGCUCUCCCACGGGGCCUCCUGCCACGUCAAGGAGCGCCGACGCAAGUGGACCCCGCUCCACAUUGCAGCUUCCAACGGCCAGACUGACUGCCUACUCAUGCUGGUAAACCGAGGGGAGAAGGCUGACAUCAUCGACAUCGUUGACGUACAAGGACAGACGGCUCUGAUGCUGGCAGCUUUGGGCAGUCACACUGACUGUGUCCACAUCUUGCUGGAGAAGGGAGCUGGGGCUGACACUGCCGACAGACGAGGCCGCACAGCCCUACACAGAGCUGCGGUGAUGGGCUCUGAGGACUGUGUGUCGGCCCUGCUGGAGCAUGGGGCCUCUGCUCUGUGCAGGGACUCCCGGGGGCGUACCCCCUUGCACCUGGCAGCCUCCUGCGGCCACAUGGAGCUUCUGCGCAGCCUGCUGCAAGGUGCCACAUGCAUCGACCCUCUGGACUCCAUUCUGGACUACAGUGGAUACACCCCUGCCCACUGGGCCGCCUAUCACGGGCAUGAGGACUGUUUGGACGUCUUACUUGAAAACAAACCAUUUAGUAUCCAGGAAGGAAACCCCUUCACCCCAUUGCACUGUGCUCUAAUAAAUGGCCAUGAUGGUGCUGCUGAACUGCUGCUAGAGACUGUUGGAACGAAAAUGGUGAACAUCAGAGAUGCUAAAGGAAGGACCCCAUUGCACGCAGCUGCUUAUUCAGAGAGUGUGGCUGGACUACAACUGGUCCUAGUCCAGGGGGCAGAGGUCAAUGCGGUGGACACCGCCGGUCGCUCUGCGCUGAUGGUUGCUGCCGACAAUGGACAGACUGCAGCCGUCGAGAUCCUGCUGCACCAGGCCAAGGCAGACCUGAGCCUGCUGGACGUCAAUGACAACACUGCCCUACACCUGGCCUGCAGCAAGUCCCAUGAGAUGUGUGCCCUGUUAAUCCUGGGAGAGAUCAGCGACCCCUCGCUCAUCAAUGCAACCAACAGUGCACUGCAAAUGCCCCUCCAUAUCGCAGCCAGGAAUGGUUUGGCUACGGUGGUGCAGGUACUGCUGAGCCGCGGAGCAGCCGUGAUGGCUGUCGAUGAGGAGGGGCACACCCCAGCCCUGGCCUGUGCCCCUAAUAAGGACGUGGCGGACUGCCUGGCCCUGAUCCUCUCCACCAUGAAGCCUUUCCCCCCCAAAGACGCCAGCGCUGCCGCCUCCUUCGGCCUCAACCUGCUGAAGCACUGUGGCAUCGCCGCCUGUGGGCCCCUGCCGAACGGCAACCUGCGCCACGCCUACGCCAAGGAAUGCCAUGGCACAAUUGGCUUGGAUAGCUGCUUCACCGAGUGAGACCGAACCCCACCCUCCCGAUCCUGUCCCCUUAUAUCUCUAACUAGCCGGAUCGCCCCUCUUCAACCCACUACGGUCCGGGGGACGGCCCCCCUCCCCCUUUCUAACACACACAACAGAAUACUUAGAAGUGCGUGUUUGUGUGUGUGUGUUUGGAUGUGUGCGUGUUUGGAUGUGUGUUUGUGUUCGAAGAAAAACUAAAUCCCUGAUGGGUACAGUCAAACCUAUAUGCAAUGAUUUGCCUCUCUCCUCUCUGGCACCCUCAUCAUUGUCUGUGUCUGUCGUCACUAGCAUGGGCUUAGGACAGAGCAGGUCACAGAGUCCCUCUCAAUACUACCGGCAGAACCAUUUUAAAUUAUUCUCCCCCAAGAUCAUGACAUUAUAUUAAGGUUCUGUUGAAUUAACUGAUUCAUAAGCAUGUGAUGAGCUAAAGAUAGUCUAAUUCUAAAUUCGAUUUCAGUUCUUGUGAAUUUUUGAUACUUGCACUACAGCAACGAAUAAACUUACCUCGCAUAUCCCAGUAGAAGAACGGUGCCUCGCCAACCUCUGACUGAAACUGGUGCAAUAUGCAGCAUGUGUGGGUAUUUCCCGUGCUGUGCCUCUCUGAAGCUGACCAUGAAGCCGUGGUAGAGCUAGGGAACGACAAGAGAGGGUUAGACAGUGGCUUAGUUUGACUGUACAGUUACGGGUCUGGGAGAGUUGAGAGUUCUGCAGGAAAAAGGUGUUUGAAAACAAGUGGUGACAAACUGGUGUCUACUAACGUCAAAGUCAGUACCAAGCAGCUCCCUCUGGCCGAGGCCACCGGUGUGACCCCUGACCAUCCACCAGGCCAGUCCGUACUUGUAUUGACUGGGUUUAUCUGUUUCUCCCCCUCUCACAGAGACCAUACUAAAGUGAGAUGUUGUGGGUCUUGCCUGAACCCCACUCCCACUUGUCACUGUUGUAGAAUACUUUGGCACCUUAAAAAAGGUGUUUGUUAGAUGUUUUGGGAUAUUUAACUAUGUUGUGCCUAUGGAAUACUGAGAAUUACUGAGACAACAACCCCUCAUCCCCACCUAGUUUAUGACCUCUGACCCCCCCAAACCCCCCACCCCCCCCGUCUUCUCCCUGAUUAUUUGAGACUUAAAAAGAGAACAAUUCCAGUGGGACAUUAACAUGGUCAUUCAGAUGUUAAGAGAAAUGGGUUUAGCACACAUACUGAUUGUGGUAUAAGCUAUUUUUGUUGUUGCAAUGUAAACGGUGGUCGUGUUUACUUGUGAAUCGUGCGUCAAAUACGUUUGCACAACAGGGCCAUGAAUCCUGUAGGAAUAUAAGGAGAAAAUCCGUUUUCGAUAUAGCUGCUAAAAUAUUGCUGCCUUUCUCUUUCAUGGAUUGUAUUCACGGUUUCCGUCAAUGCGGGUCUAAAUGUAGUUUCAUUUUAUUUAUACGUUAAUAGGAGUCGGAAGCAAUAUUUUGUCACAUACAGCCUUCAAAUUCUUUGAGCAGCUUUCUUGUUGGUCUUGUUUCUUACUGAAGUGAUUCAACCAGCAUAUGCAUACCAUCUUUGUAGUUGGAAGCAAACUAUUUGGAGCUGUUUGGAGGAUAGUUAGACCAAAUGUGAGGACAACAACAGUACACCUGACACAAGGCUGAGUCCAAACAUUACACUGUUGAUUUUGUGUAUUUUGCAUUCACUUUAAAUGUUGCAGCUGUCCUUGAUAAUGAUAUCUGAAAACGAUGUGUAAUAAUUCAAUGACAUUACAGAAAUAUUCCAGGAAAAUGUGGAGUAGGGUCAGCAGGAUGAAAAUAAUGAGCGUUUGAUUGAGGGGAGUAAGCGUUCUCUUCAAGUGGCCAUGUGUCUUUUCAGAGUGGGCACAGUCGUUUCAGUGCACUUUUGACUCAAAGAGGAGUCUAACUAUUAGGUGAUUCUUUUUAUUUAGAUCCUAACUGUGCUUUUGAUGAACUAGCAAGCAAAUACACUUGUUUGUAUUCCACCCCAUCACACACUUUCUGUAGUUCUGUACUUAAGCCAAAAUCAGCCCAUUAUACAUUUCAAUCUGAAUCCCAUUGACUAAUUUAUCAAAUCUAAUCUUUCAGUGUAAGGCUUUCACAAGGGAAUUUUGAAAAAUAUGUAAUUUUAUUGCACAUAGUAAAGGGUCUUGUGUGCAGCAAAUGUUCUUGACAUUAUUGAAGAAUAGGCGUAUUCUGUUCAGAACACCCAGGGUAUGAUACCAUGUCAUCUGUUAGCUGUACCAAAACAUGAUGAUAAACCUGACGCUGUAUAGGACAGGUGUUUAAUCAUAGGGAAAUGUGAAAAGAUCAUUUGGACUCAUUUUAUGCUUGUUGGACAUCAACAAGGUAUUUAAAAUCUAAUCUCAUUAUAGUCCUUUUUCAAAAUACAUUGUCUUAAUUUACAGCAUUCCGUUCACAGAAAAUUGACAUUAGCUAGCAAGAUGGAGGUACCCAAGUACCAUUCGUUUGUCGGUCAAACCCAUACAGCGCAGAGCUGGGCUUUGACAUCUAGCAUGUCAUAUGUUGUUGCGUUCCAGUUUAGGCACUUAUCCUAUUCCAAAUAACGAAAAUGACUUGCAUUGUGCCUCCAAAGUAUUAUUUUUCAAUUGGAAUGCAUACCUUCUCAAAUAUUAUUUAAUUGAAAGGAACUGUGUUUUUCUUGUCUUUGUAUUCUUGGCAAAUAGCCAUACUUAACAUUAAAAAAACUGUCAAUUCAGUUUGCACAUCAUGUUGAUAGACAGACCACUCCACGUUGUCAACAGUACAGCCAAAAAUCCCCAAUGAAAGGGUUGUUUUCCAUAAAAUAGCAAUUCGGCACUUUUUAUACUUACCUCAAAGCUUUAACAACACACCUCAUUGUCCCACUGUAGAUCCAUUUAUUUUUGUUAUCUUUUGCACAUUACUGGAAUCAAUUUAGUUUUAAGUGUGUCAGUUGAUAAAGCUAUUCAUGGAAAUUAUGAUGAACUGAACGUAAUUCAGAUUAUGUUCACUCUGUUGUAUUUAUUUUGGGGGGGGUUUUCUUGUGGUAGUUGUAAAAAUGACAUAAGAUUACAGAGUAAACUUGAUUCAUCAGUAUUUGACCCCAUCCAUGUACUGAAUUUUUUUUGACCGGACAUUUUCUUUUAAAUCAGUGGUGUAUGGUAUUAUUAGGAUUUAGCCUAUUUACCAUGUGUAUGUUUGAUUUUACAUAUGUAGUUAGAUGGUGAAAUUGUAGAAGUAUUGGGAAUGUACCGCUGCAUAUUUGCUCAUAACAGCACAUUUGACAAAGUAAGGCUGACACUGAAAACAAAAAGACCUGCAUUAUGUUGCUACGGUUAUUUCCUAAAGGCUACAUUAUGUUUUAAACUUAUUUUGCUUUUUUUGUUUAGAUGACAAUCAACAUCGUAAGGGCUUUUUAUUUUAGUAAAUGCUUUUCAGAAGUACUUUAAGAAGUGUCUUUCAGUAUUUUAUUUAUUGAAAUUUCAAAGAAUCCCAAAAAGUAUUCAUGAUUUCUUUUUUACACCCAUUUUGAAGUACGUGUGCUCCCAUUUCUCUUUUGGGUCAACAAGAACACCAUGUAGGCAUGUUUGGUACCAAUACCUCUAUUGUGUGAUACACUGAGAAACCUAAACCCCUUUUUCAGUUAUGGUCUCUUGACAUUCCUCCUUCCUGUCGUUAGUCGUGUAACCUAAUGACACCCCAAGAAUUGUUCUCUUUCAGUGGAAUAUCAGAACCAUUCAGCACCUCUGUGGACGUGCAUACAAUAAUGACUCCUCUUUUGAUUAUACAACACAUCUAUUUCUGAAUCAUAUUGCUAACUGAGAUUCACUGUCAGUUCCUGGUGCAUUCAAUCAUAUGGCUGGGAUGGAACUGUUUAAAAAGAGAAGAAGAAAAAAAUACAGCUUAUCUUGCACCUAUUCCAUGGCCAGUACUGGGAUUCCAGAAGGUAUUUAAUGUCAAAGCCUUUAAGAAAAAAAAAAAAGAGAUGACAAAGUCAAUAUCCUUUACAUGAUGUAGGAAUAGCAAAUGCCAAAAUUAGUGUUGUUGUUGUUCCUCAUAUUUAUACUAAUAUGCUGAAAAAAAUGAUGAUUGUAUUAAGCUACCUGAACUUUUUGUGUCAUUUUACAUAAGCCUUUUUAUAUGAUGUCAGAGAAGGUUUAGUGCAAUGACGUGAGAUCACUUCGAAUAGUAAGCCAUUUAAUAAUGUUGUUAUUGAGUUCAUGGGUUACUUACUAUGUUAAUUAUAUUUCUUGGGUUGGUUUAAAUAUAAACAUCCCACAACUAGAUCCCAGUCUUUUAUCCUAUAUUGUAUAACAGUUGACCAUGGAUUUGAUGUAGCCUAAAGUUUUGUUGUUGUCAGGCUGGUUAGAUGUGACAUUGAAAACAAACACCUUUUUAAAACAAGUUUGACUGAAUCCCUGAUUGUUCAAUGGAUGCCCAAAAAGAUCAUAGUAAACAGUCGGGAGGUUAUGAACUUCGUGAUGUACCCCAAGCCUCUCUGCUUCAUCUAUUUCUCCAUUCCGUUUACACUGUGGACAAAUAUUAGGCUAAUAUUGUGAUUUUUGGGGGCAAUAGAAUGGUGGAAAGCAUUUUAGUUUUCAAUGAUGCAACAAAAACCUAAAACUGGACUUUUUUCACUCAGUCCUGACCCAAAGCACUUGUUUCAAGAAUAAGCACUUCUGUAUAUUUAAUAUCUCUAUAUGUAUGUGUGUAUUAAUUUAUACAUAUGUUACUUAUGUAGAUAUUAACUUAUAUUUAGGUAAGACAGUGGAGAGAUGAGUAAAUGUACUCGUGACUUAUCUAUACGAUUGUGAGUGUGCGUGUGUGUGUGUGCACGUGAGGGCACUUGUUUGAGAGACGCACUGUUUAAUUGGAGGGGCGUGUUUCUCUUUGGGAUUAGCAUAGUGCUAUGAAAGGUUGAAGGUCACCUGACGGUGUGCAAAUGGGCACAGCACAAUACAUUCAGAACACAACAGUAUACUUGCACUGCCUUUCAUUGAGUUGCCAAAAAGCAGGGGAUGAAACUGAUGAUUUAAGAAAUUUUUGAUAUUAUGUACAUUUGCAGACAUCUCAACUGAGCCAUAUUAGUCAAUUGCUGACAAAAAAGGUGAAUGUAUGGUCUAAAUUAAAGCAGGGGUUUUGGUAGAAUACCUGACAUUUUCCGUGCACUGUUCAACAAGAAGAAAGUUAUCCAAACUAUAGGAAAUUUAAACAGCGUCUAACAAAUACAGCACCAUCUUUACCUCUGCCUUUUCCUCAUGCAUACAUUUAGCAGUAGAGUAUUACAUCUUUGAUAUUAAGGGAUGGUUUAGUCUUUGUCAUUUGAGCCAUUGAAAUGUAUUAUUGCAUUCAGCAGGAGGGUUAGCCCAAAAGUGUGUACCCUAGCAAAGCCUUACGUCUGUCCGCAAUAGCCUCGCUCCAAUAUCAUCAUUUCAUUUUUAUUUCCUCUGGUAUUAUUUUGUCAACAAUGGGCACUUGGUCUAAUUGCUGAGCCAUGCCUCCUUUUUAACAGUGGACUCACCAUUUAUUUGUAAUUUUUUUAUCAAGAUUGCCUUACAGAACAUAUUCAUUAUUUUCUUGGUAGCUCAUUUGUGAUUUACAUUUGGGAACGCGUCCCUUUUUGUCAGAUAUCAAAAGAGUCAACCUUAACACUCGAUGCUGUUACCUAGACCUGUAUGUGCCACAUAUGUCCCCGUUUGUCGUUCUGUAAAUAACGUGUCUUCAUGUUCAAUGGAGAUGUCCAAUUGGGUCUUCAGCACAUACAGAGAAACUGGGUUUAGGUUGUGGCUGCAGUUCCUACUGUUUGGGCUCCACGUACAUACUACAAGAUGAUGUUUCCCCAAGCGUCUGCAAAUAAAGGGAUCAUGUUCUGCAUGUGUUUAUUUUCUCAGUCUUAAUUUUAGGCCUACUCUGGGAAUAAUACACACCACAUUGUCAUCUCAAUCAGUUUCAUUUAAUUGGGCUAUGCAUUCGAUCUUACGCUUUACAUUGUUUAGUGUGUGUACAUUUUUAAAACUAGCCCUCUGUGGCAGUUCAACACACCACCCUGGCAUUACAAGGGCUAUGGUGUUACAGAGUGAGCUACACUUGAGAUAGGUGUUUAUAAUGAUAUGCACAAGGGCAUAGGAGCAGGGUGAAACCUCACUGAAUAAUUAGAAAAAUUAGAAAAAACAUUUCAUAACAGACUAUGUUAACAAAGGGUAACAUAGUACACUUACAUAUGUAGUUGGCCUAGUGGCACAUACUGUUGUUUGUGAUCUGCAUAUAACCAAAAGCUUGAAGAAACUACCAGACGUUAUGAUCUGCAGGCCUUACAUCAAGGGAAAAAAAUGAUUCUUUAUAAUUUAUCCUUAAUUCCUUUGGAGGAUUUCAUUCUGGAUUGUGUUAACAUAUAUCAACCAAAGUUUGGUUAAUGCCUGACGAAAAGUUAAUAUCAGGAUGGUAUGAAAUGUAUCUGCUUGGAAAGUCUUUAAAAAAAUAUAGAAAAUGGAUUAAUCACAAUAAUAUCUUACAAUGGCUUGAAUGGCAAAGAUGAACAACUUUCUGAUAAUGCUUUAAAUAGUUGUAAUGAGAGACAUGGAUGCUUUGGGCAGGGUGGAAUGAGGUCCAUAGUAUUACGUCAUUGUUGAUGUGUGUGGUGCAGGACUUGGUGCGUUUUAUUUGGGAGCUGGAUCGACAAAUAUGGCAAAGUCACUAGUAUGAUGUAAGACCCCAAUGUUGCAUUGCACAAAAGUAGUCUGAGUACUGUUAACUGUUUGGAAGAAAAUAACUAUUGCAAAUUAUAAGGAAAAGAAAAGUUUCAUUAAUUUCCAUUUUCUAUCUUAAAAAACAAUAUUCAGGGUACUAAUGGAUUUUGGGCAGCUGAUGAAAUGUUACAAUGAGAUGUGUGAGUGGAAGGGGGAGCUGAAGUACAGUGGGGUCAUGGUCAAAUUAGAAAACACACUUUUGAUGUAGUGGCCUAAUGUAGCUGCCUUUUGUUUUGAUGAGCACCGUGGUCCCAUAUGCAAUCAAACACUUCUGUCACGCUUAUUAAAUUACCUCUUAAUUAGGUGUGGAAGGAAUAGGAAUAGGUGUGGAAGUAACUUCUGGGUUUCUUUUCCAGUGAUCCCCAUGGUUAUGCUGUCCUCUGGGAUAUCUCCCACUUACCUCCAGGACAGUGUUGUCCUUUAUUACUUGAAUACCCAUUGGAUAAAGGCAAUAGCUAGGCAGUUAACCUUUUUGUCUUAUUCCCAUUUGAAAGAAUUCUUUGAAGUAUUGAGUAUACCAUAAAAAUAUUUUCUUGCACAGCACACAGUUGAAUUAUAUCUUCGUCAUCAGCGGUGUGUAAUGUUAAUCUACCAACAAAUUCUAUAAAAUGGCUCCAGUUGACAACAAAAAACAAGUUCAUAAACAUGUAGGAUGCAUUACACAGAUUUUACAAGAUAUACUGAAAAUGAUACAACUGUCUAGUUAAAAUCAACAUUCGAUUAUUAAAUUAAAACCACCUGUCACCGUAGGUUUAUAAAUCCAUGAGUUAAGCACACGGAAGUUCUUCCAUGAUUUUAACGGCUGCAUGUCUGCUGUCCUGUCUCUAUGGAGACAAUGUUAAAUAGAUGUUGAUGUUCACAUGUGGUUUAGUUUUUGAUUGCUUUCAUUAUUAAAUUGUCGGUAACCAGGUUACCAUCCAAUAUUUUUAUGCAAGUAAAGCCUGAUGGAGACUGAAUGUGGGUUGAUACACUUUCCAGAUUUUGACAAAAGAAAAUAUGCUAGACAAGGUGGGCUCUUUUUUUGUGUAAAAUGAACAAUGUGAGAAAGGGCGGUGGCAAUGCCAGUAUGUGCAAACAUUGAUAUAAUAACCACCAUAUCAAAGUCAACUUGGUGUCACAGUAUGUUGUGUGGUCCUACUACGACUCAGGAAAGCAUGCAGUUAUAAGGCUACAAAUGAAAUGUUAUAAUGAACUUUAAGUGCGAUCAAAGUGCAUGGUGAUGAGCUGGAAUGCUCCUUACCUGUAAUUAGUGAGGCUUUUAUUUUGGUGACAUGAUCAUUGAUUCAUAGGUGUCCUUUGACAGAUACAAAUAACCUUGAAUUUUAUCCAUACUAAUCUCAUCUGUAGUCUGUGGUUAGCUUACCCACAUUGUAUCCAUGAACUGUUGGCUAUAGUGCAUGUUCCAAGAUCAGUGUAGACAUACUUGCAAUUUAACUGUUUUUUUGACAGAAAUAUUGAUAGAGUUGACAGUGCGAUGGAAACAACAGAUUGAACUUUCUGUUUGUAUUUGGUACAAUUAUCCAGAACAAUACAAUGGUGUAAGCACAGCUCUGGUGGGGAAAUGCACAUAUUUUCUUUGACAUGAAAGUCUUUUGACAGUUUGAUGGAAACCAAACAUAUCCUGUAUAACUUCUGCUAGAUGGAAAAUAUUACAUGUUUGUAGUAACAAAAAAAAUCAAAAUUAUUGUUGAAGUGUUUGUUCCACUUGGCAUCUGUGUCUUUGUUAAAUUGACAGAAUAAAAAAUGCAAAUCCGAAUUUACAGUUGGGAUACAGUGGGGAUAAUGUAUCACAAAAAAUAGUCUUGUUAAAGAAUAAAGAAAAUACAGUAUAUAUGGACUCCACAGACUUUUGGGCUUUUCUUUGUCGGACACAUGUAGUCAUGGCACACAGGGGUAACGUUCUUUUCUGCAGUACGACCCCAAUAGGUUGUGUGACCUUUUACUGUCUGAAUUUGGUUUGGUCCUGAAUUAACUUGUGAACUGGUUGAAUAGUUUUUCUCUUUUGAGCCUCUGUAUAUAAAAGGCUUUGUAACAACAUAUAGCUAUGAUCAAACAAUGCUAACUGUUGUUUGAAUUUUCACCCUUUCUCUAAAAGUAGUUGGCUGCUUUGAAAUACUUCAGGGACAGUUUUAAACACCAAUUUAUUUACUUUGUUUGUUUUUGUUCUCUUAAAGGGUAGUUACCAAGUUGACCCCUUACUCAAAAAUAUUUUUUUUCUACAAAGGGUUGAAAUUGCUUUUUUAGUGGAGAGUACACUUUCUAGUGUGUGGCUCUGUUACUUGAUUAGCUGUAAGGAGACAUCUAACAGCUUACCUCAAGAUGUUACGUCUCAAUGAUUUUUACCUAAGCCAGUGAAUUUUAUUAAUGUAUUAGACCUCAUUGGGGAGUCAUUUGAUACAUAUUAUGCAACGUGACAACCUUUUUGUUACUUUGAUUUGAUUAUUGCUUUAUGACUUCACUGCUUCUUUGACAGCUACCCAUAGGAUGGAAAAUACAAAUAGGCGAAUAAAGAUAUUAAAUAUUACAAAUACAUUUCCAUUACAGUAGUAUUCCUUAAUUGGCAACCCACAUAUAUAAAUGUCUUGGGGGGGGGGGGGGGUAAAAAAAGUACCUUAUUUGUGGGAGUUGUGUGCAUUUUAUAUAUUGGUUUGGGGUGGAAAUUGAAGAAUGUUGUUUUAGCACUCAGCUUCUCAAACUACCUAAUACAAUCCUGACUGACUUUGUCCCCAUAUAAACGGGCAUACAAAACUGUGCUGUUAGAACCAUUGAGCAAAUAGUAAAGUUCUUGAUAGAUUUUGGUCUUCCAUUCAUGCCAAUUGAAAGCCUUAUUGUUGAAACACAUACAAUCACUGAAAGGGUUAAGCAAAGCAAGUGAGCCAGUGUUGUUCAUUCAAACCACAAAACAUGGCACUGAUGCCACCACGCUUUCCAUGUGGUGUACUGGAGAAAUUAAUUGGCUGGAGAAAUACUUUAAAGCACAAAUCCAAAGAAACACUUGUGCAGUUGUCAUGAAUCCAAACAUCUUUUGGAUGUACAACUUGACUGUAUUUUUCCCCUGCCCUUGUUUGAUUCUUGCCUUAGUCUUUUCAAAGGAACAGCCACUCUUAAUGGACCUGAACAACACCGUGAAAGGGUGUUUAGUGGGAAUUCAUAACAAAGCAAUAUUGGCAAGUGCACUUUGGUGUUCUAAUUACAACAUCACAAAAAAUGCACUGCAGACGAAGUGGUGUGUGGCGAUUGUAGAUUCACUUCAAUAUAGUGAAUUAUUAUAAAGCUGAGUGAAAAGGACUAAUAUUUGUGACGUUUUUAGUACCAUUUUAGCAGUAUAUGUUGAUUUGUUUAGGAUGUAGUUGGUGUCUGUACAUCCCCUUCUAAUAAUCUUUUUCAAGUAUUUGAAGACAAAUACAAUAGACUUAAGAUAAUCAAGAAUGAAAUGUUGUAGCUUUGACAUUUUAAUAGCUUGUUUGUAUGCAACCCCUUUAAUUGGGCAUCUAUGUAUGUGCUUGUGUAUUGAUAUUGAUCAUUCUCUGCAUUGCCAUAUGUUCCAAGUAUAAUAUGUGAUCUUCAAAGUAACAUCAAGGCACUUGGUUCAGCUGAGGUAGUGAUAGAACAUUGUAUUUUGUGGACAUGAAACACAAUGGAUCCCUAUACCGGAGAACUUAAGGAUACUUUUUUUUUUAGAGAGUAGGUAUAUAGUUCUGUGUUCUGUGUGUGCGCGUGUGCGCUUGUGUGUGUAACAAUUUGGGCAGUUUGCUGUCACGUCUUCAUUAGUGUGUAUGAAGUCAAGAAUGUGAGUGUGGGAUGGCAAUAUGAACUGCUAUCUGCAAAAGGGCAAAGAAUGUGUGUAUUCAUUCUUGUCUGUUGUACUUCUUUACACAAUUUCCUGGUUUACAAAUACCAUAAAGAAUAUUGGUUUGUUCCUAAUUGGUAACAUGAAAUACAUUCCCUGUGAAACACUGAUGUUUGUAAGAAUCUGGUGCUAUGGUCUGUACUAGUUUUUGGUUUAGUCAUUAAAUUUGAUUAUUUUAAUUUGAGCAAAUUUUAAAAUUAAUGAUAACGUGAAAGGUUAGGCCUACUGGUUUCUAAUACAACAUCCUAUGUGGAAUGUGGGCAGACUAAUUUGCAUUAAUGGACCUUUGAAUAAAAUUUGAGAAAUAUAAAUGGUAUAAUUCAAAGUUUAAUUUAGUUUGCAGUGUCCUUUGCCUUAACAGCCCUAAUUAUACAUUUUAUUCUGGAUACAUUUGCCUUUUUUCAGGAGGGCAGAGUGGUCUUGGUUUGAAGUCAUUGGACAUUACUUUGUAUGAUACUAGGGUUUGUUUAGUCCAUACACCAGCCAGGAGACACUUAACACAGGCCUUGUCUGCGGGCUACAACAUUGGAUUAUUAUAUGCUUGGAUUGUAGCAUGUCCAUAUUGCCUGUACUAGAAUAUCAUUGGCUCCUGAUUUCGCUGCUUUUUUCCUCCACCGUCUUUGAAGCAGAGGGUAGAAGUUAGGAAUUGGUCAAUAAUUGUAAGUUUGGGAUGACACUAUUAGUUAAACUUGCAUAUCCGUUUGUGUUCCGUAGAAUGGAUCGGGUAUGCUAAGCCAAUGUUUAGGAAAGCAUGUUGACUUCCCAUGUGACUUCAGUGUGAACUGUGGGUGAUCAUGAAAAUGUUGUGCUUCAUUAAGGCCUAACUAUACAUUCAGGUGGUGCAAUGUGAGGUGGUGCAAUGUGAAGGAAAAACGCAUGAAAUGCUUCCUUUCAGGACUUUUGUCAAUGCCUCCCUUGCACUGUAGGCUGUUUUGAAGUAAGGUUGGGCCACUGUGGCCUGAUGGAGUGCUUGAGCAUGCCUGCAUUCAGUAUUGUGUAUUUUCUAGAGCCUUCAGUUGCUUAACAAAAUAUAUAGGUUUUACUAGCAUGAGAUGAAGUACAUUAUGCUAUAUUAAAUACAUAUUACCUCAGAAAUAUAUCAGAUUACAAUUAAUUUAAAUAGAAAAUUCACACAUCUAAAGUUUAAUCUCAUUAGUAAGAUACUCAAGUCCAUGCUAUUACUUCUCAUGUAGUUGAUAUGAUCAUGAUGUUCUGUUUUGCCUACCUCCUUGAUGCACAGCUCAUCUGUCUUCUUAGCUCAUAACCACCUAAACUAGGGUCUGAAAUAUGAAAGCACUUUUGAUCUCUUUUGAUCCAAAUGACAAAAAAAAAAAGCAAGCGUGUGUUUGUGUGUAUGUGAGAGUGCAGUUGUAACAUGAAAGGAAAAAUAAUAUAUCACAACCACUGGAAUGUGAAGCCAAACUGUAUUCUGAUCAGAAUGAAAUCUCUUUAAGGUCUAACUGUUGUAGCAUACACGUGGCUUGUGUCUGUGGUACAUGUGUGCUAUCCUUCAGAUACUUGUUGUAACAAGGUACUUUAUGACUGCUUUCUAUGAACCCCCCCCCCCCAGAGAGUAUCAUUUUGCCCACCAGUAAUCAUCCUGUUUUUCAAAGCACGGUGGGUUUUUACAGGACAUGUGUAAGUUGAGCCAUACAUCUAAAAAAUCGAGUUUACGGUUGUAACCGUUUGUACAACUACGAGAGAUUGAGAGAAUGUGUGUCUAACUUGAUUACAAAAGCAACAAAUAACUAAUGCUCUUAUUUCUGAUCUGAUGAUGGAUAUGUGACACGUGGUGUUUACGUGUGAAGGGAAAUCGUAUUGUAUCCAGCCUUAAGCCUGUAUAAAAGAGAAAUCUAGACAUUAAAUUAUUAAUUUGUCAUACAAACCCCCACCGACCAACAUUUGACAUUUUGAAGCAAAGGAAUGUCAGAUAUAGUAACCAGGGUUAGAAACCCAAAAAUACUAAUUCAGACUCCCCUUGCCCACCCUUAAACAACUCCUCUCCUUGCUCAUAAUUUUAUGUGACAAUGCAAUUCCUGAAAGCACCUUGCCUUGUUGUAUCUUUAAGUGUGCUGGUGAAUGGUUGUUACAAAAUGUUACAUGUAUAAAAGACAUGACUAGGAUUAUUUAAGUGAAUCAAACGGCGUAAUCUGCAUUGACCUUUCUGACAUUACAGGAGAAACCUAACAACCCAAGGCAUUGAAACCUGAUCAUUUUUUUGUUUUGUUUUUUUACAAUGUAUGCUGCAGCCUAUGAGUCUUGUCAUUCAGUGUUGUGGCUUAGGAUUGGUUAUGUUUAAAUAAAGUGCUAUUGCUUAA